AUGAGCGACCUCAAGUUCUGCCCCGAGUGCAACAACAUUUUGUACGCAAAACCGGACGCAGCUAAGCUUCAGCUCAUAUUCCUCUGCCGACAGUGCGACUACUCGCGCUGGGCUGACCCAUCCAGCAUAUCGGACAACUGCGUCAAUCGCACCACGUACCACUACCAGACCAAGGAUGACAUCAUUGUAUCCCCACUGGUAAUCAAGGACCCUACUCUGGGACGCACAUCGCACUGGAAGUGCGCCAGGUGCGGAUGGAACAAAGCUGCAUUCUUCCAGCUCCCCGAGCGAGUGAAUGACGAUGCCAUGAUGCUUGUCUUCGUAUGCUGCAACCAGGGAUGUGGAUACUGGGUGAAACAGUCAUACGAAGAGGAUAUGCCGGUAUUCAACACGAGUGUUACGCAGGCGGCUACGCAUGUGGAGCCGGGACCAACCAUCGAGGAGGAUGCGACUAUAGUCGACGACAUGGCGGACCUCUUCGGAGAGGAAUGA